AUGGACAGAAUUAAGGAGAAGCUUGCCAAGCAAAAGGCCGAUCUCGACGUCGCCAAUGACAAAGUCGACGAACUUGAGGCCAAGAUCAAGGAAUUCGAAGCCGAACAGACCAAGAAGGAGGGCGAGAUCUCUUCCCUUACCAGCAAGAAUGCCCAGCUCGAAGCCGAUGUAGAAAAGCUCGAGGAGAAGCUUGCCGAAGUCAAGAAGGAAGCUGCAGCAGGUGCGAACCUUGGUGUCACCAGUGAUAAUUUGCAGAGGAAGGUUGCCGUCCUUGAAGAAGAGGCGGAGACAACAGAGAAACAGCUGAAGGAGACCAUCGAGAAGCUACGCCUCACCGAUGUCAAGGCCGAGCACUUCGAACGCAAGGUUCAGGGUGUGGAAGCUGAACGUGACAACUGGGAGAAGAAGUACGAAGAGGAAGUCGAGAAGUACAAGAAGGCUAAGGCCGAACUUGAUGAGCUCGCAACCAGCUUGGAGAACCUCUAA